CUGAGAGGGGGCAGGAUUGACUCAGCCUCCCCCAGUCUGUCUGCAGCCCACAGCAGGGCCCAGCCGCUACCACUGGCGCAGUGAGCCGAGUGCCGCACUGUAUAACGCAGGCUGACGGACAGGCCACAAGCUUAUACCCGGCCCCCCAGGCUGAACUACUACGCCAGGUCAGCCAGAGCAAUAGUUGCCACGCAGCCUCAUCCACCACGAGACGUCAAAAGGGAGCUGGUGACAGGUGGAUGGUAGAUCGUGGCCAGCAGUGAGUGUGCAGGGGACCGCACAGGACAGACGAGUGCCCGCACAGGCACAUUCAGAGCACUGUGAUUUCACACACAGUAAGUUUUGUUUUAAGUGACGUUCGCCAGUGACUAACUGCUUACUGGCCGUUAUGUGUACAGCUUACUGAAAUAGCAUUAACUAAGGUCUGAGAAGAAAUUACUUAAGUCUAGUCACCAAGUGUGAAGAACCGAAGGACGUUAAAAAAAAACAUAUUUCUACUGAAAAGUGCGCAAUUACUAAUCCAGGAACUGUUGCUUGGUACCUCAUUCACACAAGGGCAUGGAGGUGCCUUUCACGAUGCCCGUGCAGGGUGGCGCCAUGGAACGGGGCAUGGCGGUCCUGGGCUUGGAGCCGAUGAUUGGUGGCGGCCUGGGCGGGACAGGUUCACGGCGCAAGCGGGAGUUCAUGCCGGAGGAGAAGAAGGACGCCUCCUACUGGGAGAAGCGGCGAAAGAACAAUGAAGCGGCCAAGCGCUCGCGGGAAAAGCGACGCGUCAGUGACUAUGUGCUGGAGACGCGGCUGGUGGCCCUGAGCGAGGAGAACAUGCGGCUGCGGGCGGAGCUGCUGGCACUGCGACUGCGCUUUGGCCUGACCGGCUCCGCCUCCGCCCAGCAUAGCCUGCUGCCCCUGCCCCCCAGCCGGCCCAUGGACCCCUUCUGGGGCCGGUGGCCCCGGGAUGGCGAUCACUCCUCCUUACCCUCCGCUCACCCCAUCUCCCCUCUCUCUUCCAUGCACACUCCUGCAACGACCGGCUACUCUUUCGGCAUCGACCGCUACCCUCCAUUCGCCUCGUCGCACUCGCCGCUGUUCCUUCCUGCCCUGCUGCCCCACCCCCCUGCCCACUGGGUUGGCCAAGCUGCUCCCAGGCCCAUCCUGGGCCCCAAGAAGCCCAGCGAUGAGGAGGCAGAGCAGCAGGUCCCGGCCGCCCUGGAGGCUGACCUGAGUACUGCACUGCCUCAUAAACUGAGGCUGAAAAUACGCGGCCAGCAUUGCAGGCCUGACUCGGGAGGAGCGACGAAAGACGGAGAGUCCUUAACACCACCCCGCAAGAUACUGUACAUGACUGACUGAAUCCACAUACACCAGCCAGCAAGGGAUCCAUGACCACACAGAGCAGGACUGAGAGAAAGUCCAUACUGAACCAAAUGAUUAACUUUCAGCUUUAAUUCAGACCUCCACGGAUCGCUAAGCGGUCCACAUGCAGCAAGCCUGAAAUGACCACUUAUCUGACACGCAGGCUGAUCCCUCAGCAUCGGCGGGGCUGGGGAGGCAUGAAACGGCUCAGGAUCAAAACGCGACAACAUGCGAAAUUCAGUUUUUGAAAUGUAAACGUAUGGUCACACAGGAAGGCUCCCCUUUGGAAGCCUGUAUAUGCUGUAGCCCUUCAUGUUCCUACCCUGCCAUCUUACACUCUGCAUUACUAAUGUAUUUUCAAUGCAAUUCUGAUUCAUUCACCGAAUGCCAUCUAUCUCAAA